UAUUCAGCACAGACACAUCUCAAAUCUGCAUUAUGUUUUCCAGCGAUACGGGCGUUUUCAUACAUGAUGAUAAAACUGGAAUAUGCAAAAUUCACCUGAACAAACCUCUCCUUGAUUUACGGGCAAGGAAAGAUACAGUGCAAACGCUCCUGCAUGAAAUGAUCCACUACUACCAGCGACUCAGAGGAACGCAUGACCUUGAGCAUGGCGCAACCUUUCAGUAUCACAUGAAGCGAAUCAAUAGAGAAAGUGGCGCAAAUAUUACAAUCUAUCACGAUUUCAUUCAGGAAUACGAGUCACUGAAGCGCCACUGGUGGAAAUGCAAUGGCCCCUGUCAACAAGUCGUGAAGCGGCUUAUGAACAGGACUCUGGGCUCCAAGGCGCACAAGCGCAAAUGCGGAGGAGACUUUAUAAAGAUCCAGGAACCAGAGAACAAGAGAAUGAGAACUGACCCAUAGAAUCACUUAAUUAAAGACAUCAUGUCCGUUUUUAGUUAACAACAAGGCUGCCCCAAGCGCAAAUGGGCAGGGACACUUCUAACUACUGAGGAACCU